GAAAUCUCAUCAGACGAACGAUUCCAUGUGGAGCUUCACUUCAGUCCGGGGGCGUACACCUGUGGGGAGAAGAUACUCGACUUUCCUGUGGGACGUGGCUACCAAUCUUUGUCUAAAAAGGAAAAGCGUUUAAGUACUGGUGACGACCCAGGUGUGACCAGCCCACAGGUCGGUGGUGAACAGAAGACACUCGGGGAGGACUUACAGGCCCGGGCUUACUCAGACCGGCCCCGCUCCGCACCAAUGGUUAUCCAGGAAACAUUGGAAGAACUACAAGAGGCGGACAUAUUUGAUCACCAUAGCAACAACGACCCACCAAAAUCUCUGAAUAAGGAAGAUAUGUCACUGUCAUUUGAUAAACCUAAAACGAAGGUUCCAGAACCUCGGUCACCUGACCCCAGUGUACCUGAGUGGGAUUGGGGCGAUGACGAUCAGAAGAGUAAGGAGUCGCUUACGGAGGAGACGGAAAAUAAGUCGUCUGUUGAUACGAUUGAACCGGAUACUACUGAAAAGAAUGAUAGUCUGCCAUCAUCAGGUGCUGCGACCCCGGUCAACUCUUCUCAGCCAAUAGAAAUCCAGACAUCAAGGGUCAAAG